CACCCGAUAUACCCAAUAUCCCAAAAUAAAUCACACAUGCUCCAAGUUUGUUUUUGGUAGAAACAAAAUGACAGUACAGGAGGAAGGGUUAUAAAUAGUCAUUUGAUAGUCAUGUCCAUUUUUUUUUUUUUUUCUUUUUUCUUUUUUCUUUUUUCUUUUUCAAAGAAGUUAUCUUUGAAAAUAUUACUGUACUAUUGAGGUUUUACAUACAAAUUUAGUAUGGUACAUGAAGUUUUCCAGCAAUUAACUCUAAUAAAAAUGCCUGUAAAAUGAUAAGGUUGAAAUUUAAACAUUUUUUUUUGGUCACAUAGCGUACUCAUUUUAUGUCUCUCACCAUAUCGACUCUUACAGUAAUUUUUACCAAAUAUAUUUUCGGUGAAGGUUUGUGUAAUUUUUGAAACCAUACAUUAAAUCUCUCUAAUUUUACAAAAACCUCCACCGAUUUCUCUGUAAUUUUACCCUUUUCACAUCCCCUGAUUUUGUCGGCUUCUCCUCUCUCUCUCAAUUCAAAUCUUCAUUGAUCAAAACCCUAACCCGCACUUUUGUCUGUCAACGGUCGAAUUCGUAAACGGCCACUUGUCUCUCCUCUGAUUGUCUAUUCUUCGUUCUCAUCUAAUUCAAACCUUGUGACCUCUCAACAUCUCUCUCGUUGCAUUGUCACAUUGAAUUAUUGUGAUAAUUUACUCUUUCCUGGACGCAGUUGCGACAUCGCUUUCUCAGGUGCAAUUGUUUCAAAAUGUCUAAUCUUCGGAAGGAUCCACUUUUGCAAGUGGAAACAAUGUGUAAUUCUCUUCUAUACGAACUCCAGAUAAUAUGGGAUGAAGUUGGGGAGACUGAUGCAGAAAGGGACAAAAUGCUGCUUGAGAUCGAACAAGAGUGUCUAGAAGUAUACAGAAGAAAGGUAGAUCAGGUGAACCGAUGUAGAGCUCAGCUCAGACAGGAAAUUGCUGAUUCUGAAGCAGAACUCACUGCCAUUUGUUCUGCAAUGGGGGAGCGACCUGUACAAAUUAGGCAGUCUGAUCAAAAUCCUGGAAGCCUGAAGAAAGAGAUCAGAACAAUUCUUUCACAACUAGAGGAGAUGCGGAAGAGGAAAUGUGAAAGAAGGAAUCAAUUCCUUGAAGUUCUAGAGCAAAUACAGAAGAUAUCGGAUGAGCUACAUCGGCCUUCUGAAUAUACUCCUUCCAAUACAAUUGUGGAUGAAACUGACUUGUCUUUAAGAAAGCUAGAAGAAUUGCACAGAGAGCUGCAGGCACUUCACAAAGAAAAGAGUGAUCGCCUGAAACAGGUUUUGAACCACCAUAAUACUUUGAACUCACUGUGCUUGGUGCUUGGUAUGGAUUUCAAGCAAACUAUCAAUGAGGUUCAUCCCAGUUUAGGUGAUUCUGAAGGAUCGAAGAACAUAAGUAAUGAUAUGAUUGAUCAGUUGGCAACUACAAUACAAAGAUUGCGAGAUGUUAAAGUACAGAGGAUGCAGCGGCUCCAAGAUCUUGCAACUUCCAUGUUGGAACUAUGGAAUUUGAUGGACACACCGGUUGAAGAGCAACAGAUGUUUCAGAAUGUUACCUGUAAUAUAGCUGCCUCAGAACAUGAGAUAACAGAGCCUGACAUGCUUUCUUUGGAUUUCAUCAAUUAUGUUGAGGCAGAGGUGUCUCGGCUGGAAGAGUUGAAAGCAAGCAAAAUGAAAGAGCUUGUUUUGAAGAAGAGGUCAGAGCUAGAAGAGAUUUUUAGGAAGACACGUAUGAUUCCGGAAUCGGAUGGUGCAAUCGAAAUUGCUAUUGAAGCUAUUGAAUCUGGAACUGUAGAUCCUGCCUGUGUCCUUGAACAAAUCGAGCUUCAAAUUGCCAAAGUUAAGGAGGAAGCCUUUAGCAGGAAAGAAAUUCUUGAAAAAGUUGAGAAAUGGUUGGCUGCAUCCGAAGAGGAGAAUUGGCUUGAGGAGUAUAACAGGGAUGAAAACCGAUACAAUGCUGGAAGAGGUGCUCAUCUUAUUUUGAAGCGUGCCGAGAAAGCUCGUGCUUUGGUUAAUAAACUUCCAGGAAUGGUCGAGGCAUUGACUUCAAAAACGACAGCAUGGGAGAAAGAGAGAGGCACUGAAUUCACUUAUGAUGGCAUUCGUCUUCUUUCUAUGCUUGAAGAGUAUUCUAAUUUACGUCAACAGAAAGAGCAAGAAAGAAAGUGGAGAAGGGACCAGAAGAAACUUCAAGGACAGUUAAUAGCAGAACAGGAGAUACUCUUUGGGUCAAAACCAACUAGUCCUUUGAAGCACCAGAGUGGGAAAAAAGGUUCUAAAUUGUCGAGUGUUGAAACAAGCAACAAAAAUCAUUCCCUUGGAGUACCAAUGCCACGAACUCCCAAAGGUACUCCAAGAACGCCGCGUCUAGCCAAGAAGAAUGAUCGUUUGUUCCAAAACUACCAGUUAAAUCACCAACAGGAUGAUGGAUUUGAAACCUCGUCAGACAUAAGUGCCAAUGAAGUAGAGUCAACAAGGAGGCCUUUCUCGCCCAUCCCUUCCACAGAAUCGGAGACAGACGCGACAAACUUGUUGGAAGAUCUGAAUAGAAAACACAAUGGGAUGUCACAGAAACCACUUCCAAGCAUUAAAUUCACUACUCCUUCCAAGACAAUUUCUGCCGAAGAGGAAGAGAACAUGACUCCUAGAACAAUUCCGAUUUCUUUACCCUCUACACCUUCAACAGUGUCAGUUUCAAUGCAGACGGCCAUGACCCCAGCUCCUCCUCAAGAGGAAGAUAUUGAAUACUCGUUUGAGGAAAAGAGAGCUGGUUUCGUGCUUCCUAGCACACGUUUAAAGAAAGGAAUACAAGUUUGAUUUACUAGGGAGGUUGGGUGAUCUUUAAUCUCAAGUUUGUUGUUAAUGCAUUUUUUUUUUCUUUCAUUUACAGGAUUCGUGAUUAAGUCAAUUCCUUAAAGAGAAGUGAUAGAUCUUUCGAUUUCAAUUGCCGACUACUCCUCCGAAUAUAACGUGGUUGGGAAUGAGUCGAAGAGAAAGAGAUGUUUACGGAAUUUUUUUUAAGAGUUUCAAUGGGAUCCAACCACGUUGUAUUUGGAGGAAGAGUCGACAAUUAACGUCGAAAGUCUUAUCAUUUUUCUUCCUUAAAUGGCUUCUCUAAUGUGUAAAUAAUAUAGUCUUCAACACCAAAUGCAUACUGGGAUUUUGAAAUUGUUCUUACAUUCAUAAAUAUGAGUUUGUCUUUUAAGUUUUGAUGGAUUAUGUGGGAA